GGAAAGAAGGAAUGAAGUUUGAGGCGGGCGGGCACAACCAGGAAGUAGAACAAAGACGACGCGUAUUGGUCUUUCGCUUAGUAUCAAGUUAUCCUGGUUAAGAAUUUAGACUAGGACGAACGGUGUCAACUUUGAAGAAAGUCGACUGGUUGGGUUUUGUUAAAACUGCCGGCUGUGUUUCUCACAAGAUGGACUACGACCCGGAGCGAGGGGGUGCAGCUGAAACACCAGAGCCCCUGGAUAAAAUGAAGUCCUUAAGUAGUGAUGUAGCUGGCGUGAGAAACAUCAUGACACAGAAUGUGGAACGAAUCCUGGCCCGAGAGGAGAGAUUGGAUAAUCUCAUUGGCAAAUCGGAGGAUCUGCACGAUGGGGCUAAGCACUUCAAGCAAACAUCCCAUAAAGUGGCUCGCACAUACUGGUGGAAGAAUGUCAAGCUCAUUGUGGUCAUCGUGGUCAUCGUCCUCAUCAUCGUGCUCAUUAUUAUCCUACUGGCCACUGGUGUCAUCCCCGUCAGUGCCCCUGUGCCUCCCAUUGUCUCACCCACAACGGGCCCUAGCCCAUGAAAACACAAACAUGAAGUAAUUGUACAUAGACUUAAUUUGAUCAUUGAGAACAUUCCUGUUGCACGGUUAAAAAAUAGGACAUGUUAAGCAAAUUGCUGUUGUCUGUUGAGUCCAUAACAGUGACUUUCAGAUUUAGUUGUUUUUUCAUGAUUUGGUGUUGGUAACUUUGUUGACUGUUCAGCUCAUGUAACCCUUGCACUGUUGUCAAAGGAUGAUGGAUGGGGUUAAACAGGUUUAGCAUCCAAAUUAUUCAGGCCUGAAUGAGCUUCACUCAUUAUGUGUAUAGAUAGAAAUAUCAAUGUGUAGUCCUUUGCUGUCCUAAGGGAUGUUACGUUACGUUGAAUGUAUGGAUCUCAUUUUACUACAGGUCACUGUAAAGACAGGCUGAAAUGUAUUUUAGGUGUCACCAAAAUGUUAUCAUUUGUCUUGGUUUUGAAGCCAGACAAGGUAGUAAUUACAUUUACACAUCCAUUCGAGUUGUCUAACAAAUAUAAUAGAGCAUAUAACAAUGUUUUUAUUUCAAAACUAACUUCAUGGUGUAACAAGUUUGUGAUUGAAAAAUCACAUCAGUGUUUAACUGUCUUAACUUGUUACUUUUCUGAAAGAAUGUAUUCAUUUUAGUGUACACAGAAUCGUAGCUUGCGUUUUGACGCUUUGCAGUGUCACCAGCCUUUUUGUGUCCUCAUUCUUGUUGCUUUUGCACUCCACCUCUCCCCUCACAGCAGCAUUUCUGCUUUGUUUUUUUUUUGCCUUGUAACCACAGCAAAGCAGCGUCUUUUCACUAACAGAUGCAAACUUCACCAUUGCGAGGCAUAAGAACCCCAAACUUGGUUCAGUGUGUCAAUAGGUGAACCAGCAGGGUCGAGCAUUAAGAUUUUGUGGCUCCUCUUGCUCUUCUUAUGUUAAGCCAAUAUCCCUUUAUCUUAACUGCUUAUAAUAAGAUGAUUUGCUAGAGGUAUUACAUGAAUGUGCAAGUGUAGCGAUUGAAGCCUGACACACCACUGCACCGUUAUCUUGAAGGUCAAUUUAAUUCUCUUUAACUGUAUAUAAUAGAGAUUUUCCCAUUUAUGUGUGUACAGUGUGACUGUCUUUUACCUUUAUGUUAAUGAUAUUCUGUGAUUUAGGGCUAUUGAAUGCAUUAUGUUUGUAGGCUUUUAUUUUAAAUCAAUUGUGAGCUGAAACAAUUAGGGAACACGUCACAUUUAUUUUGAGAACAAAAAUCUCAUAUGCUUUAGAAAAAUAUUUUACGCUUUACAUGUUCUACUGUGAUUUUGUGGUAUUUCCAUUAUAUUUUUACCUCAAACCGUGUAAGGCUUGAGACAGCGCUCUUACUGUCAUAAUAACCUCUUGAACCUUGAUCAGCUAACCUGUGAUCCAGCUUUUUCCAACUCAGAAUUACUUGUAUGGUGUAUGGGUUUAAGUGUUCUUGCAUGAAAUAAAUUUACUUCUCGUGUAA